AUGCCUGCUCAUGAGAAAAAUGUUCUUCUAAGCAGACAAGCCAAAGUUGAAGACAGAGUAGCAAAGUUAGAAAAUAUGCUACUUCAAAAUGUUGGCUGUAAUAUUCAGAUUGAAGCAAAAGGCAGUUGUACUGCAAAGGAUGCAAAGGGUGCGAAGAAAAGUGAAGAAGAAAUUGGUGAUAUUCAACAAAAAUUGGAUUUUGAGGAGGAUGAUGAUGAGCUGCAAUUUAUUGACAAAGAAGAUGUCUUGGUGAAACCAUCUAAGAAGAAAGCGAGCAAGGAAGUCAAAAAGCUUGAGUUGAACUCAUCAAGUAUGCCUAAGUCAUUAUGGCUACUUUACUGUUAUUACAAGCGUGCACUUGGGAAUGGAGAGGGUUUACAAAUAUUGCUAGAUAAUAAUGUCUUUGGGGACGAAUGUACUCUCUUUGUGCACGACGAAGAUGUGGCUCCUUUUUGUCAAUUGAUGUCAAUAUCGUACACGUGUAUUGCUGUCUACAUAUGGUAUUUGUAUAACAAGAUGAUGGAAGAGAACAAGCUUGAGAAAUUCAGAUUUAUGCAGCCAAGUGUUGUAGGGCAUCUGUCAACGAAAAGAACAGAUACAAAAUUUCUAGAAAAACAAUUGGAAAGCAGGGCAUGA